CACUGGCUGGGAAUGGCUGAAGGGCUACAACUUACUGUUGGUGCUCUGCCAGGAGGAGGAGAAAAGAGGGAAGGGGGCGUGGCCGAGGGGGGUGGGUCUGGGCCCGGAGAGUGAAAGCGAAAGCUGGGGCGCCUAGCCCCGAGACUCAGGAGACUGGCGAAGCAUGGCCAAGCCUUGUGGGGUUCGCCAGAGUGGAGAAGCCCGUAAACAGGUGGAUGGCUUCAGACAAAAUCUUUUCCAGGAGAACCCUAACUGCUUUUGCUACUUCCCCACCCUCUUUGGAUGGAAAGGGAAAGAUGGCGUCCGAAGGGAGAACCCCACAGCCAUACUUCUGCUGUCCGUCUGAUUGGGCUGAUGACUUCCUCUGCACGUUUUUGCCACGGAAGAUCCUGUCCCUGAGUCAGCUCCUGCAGGAGGACUCCCUGAAUGUGGCUGACCUCUCCUCCCUCCGGGCUCCUCUGGACAUCCCCAUCCCAGAUCCCCCACCUAAGGACGAUGAGAUGGAAACAGACAAGCAGGAGAAGAAAGAAGUCCCUAAAUGCGGCUUUCUCCCUGGGAAUGAGAAGCUGCUGGCUCUGCUUGCUGUGGUUAAGCCGGAAGUCUGGACUCUCAAAGAGAAGUGCAUUCUGGUAAUCACAUGGAUCCAGCACCUCAUCCCCAAGAUUGAGGAUGGAAAUGAUUUUGGGGUGGCGAUUCAGGAGAAGGUGCUGGAGAGAGUGAAUGCCGUCAAGACCAAAGUAGAAGCUUUCCAGACAACGAUUUCCAAGUACUUCUCAGAACGUGGGGAUGCUGUGGCCAAGGCCUCCAAGGAAACCCACGUAAUGGAUUACCGGGCCUUAGUACAUGAGCGAGACGAAGCAGCCUACAGGGAGCUCAGGGCCAUGGUGCUGGACCUGAGGGCCUUCUACGCUGAGCUUUAUCAUAUCAUCAGCAGCAACCUAGAGAAAAUUGUCAACCCAAAGGGUGAAGAAAAGCCAUCUAUGUACUGAGCUAAAGAUUAGAGGGAAAAUAAAUGACUUAUACUUGA